GUUCCUGCCGUGCUCUGCUCUGACCUGCCCAGUCCCGUCCCGUCCCGUCCUGUCCCCUCCCGUCCCACGCCGCCCCGCCCCGCCUCUCAUCCCUUCCUCCGGCCGCGCCUGCCCGCUGGAGCGUCUCCCGGACAGGUGCGGAGGGAGCGCCGAGCUGGCUCUGGCGGCGGCCGCGGGUGUGCGGCGAGGAGGUAGAUUGAAAUUGAACCAGAAUGGCUGCUGUUACCUCAGAUAGUCCUCCAAACCCAAGCUGCAAAAUCAUGACUUUUAGGCCUUCGAUGGAUGAAUUCAGGGAAUUCAACAAAUACUUAGCACACAUGGAAUCACAAGGCGCUCAUAGGGCUGGAGUUGCAAAGGUUAUCCCACCAAAGGAAUGGAAGCCAAGAAAGCAUUAUGAUGAUAUUGAAGAUUUGGUGAUUCCUGCUCCAAUUCAACAGAUGGUCACUGGCCAGUCUGGACUUUUCACACAAUACAAUAUUCAGAAAAAGCCCAUGACAGUGAAGGAGUUCAGGGAUCUAGCCAACAGUGACAAAUACCGGACUCCAAGAUAUGUAGACUGUGAAGAUCUGGAGCGUAAAUACUGGAAGAACUUGACUUUUGUGGCACCAAUUUAUGGAGCAGAUAUCAGUGGGAGCAUUUAUGAUGAAGGUAUUGAGGAAUGGAAUAUUGCCCAUCUUAAUACAAUAUUGGACGUUCUAGGAGAAGAGUGUGGAAUUUCUAUUGAGGGUGUAAAUACACCAUAUCUUUAUUUUGGCAUGUGGAAAACAACAUUUGCAUGGCACACUGAAGACAUGGAUCUCUACAGUAUUAAUUAUCUCCAUUUUGGGGAGCCAAAGUCAUGGUAUGCAAUUCCUCCAGAGCAUGGGAAACGGCUUGAAAGACUAGCUCAAGGGUUCUUUCCGAGCAGCUCUCAAGGAUGUGAUGCUUUUCUUCGCCACAAGAUGACUCUGAUUUCUCCCUCAAUAUUGAAAAAGUAUGGAAUUCCUUUUGACAAGGUUACCCAAGAGGCAGGAGAAUUUAUGAUCACUUUCCCAUAUGGAUACCAUGCAGGGUUUAACCAUGGAUUUAAUUGUGCAGAGUCAACAAACUUUGCCACUGUUCGAUGGAUUGAUUACGGAAAAGCAGCAAAAUUGUGCACUUGUAGGAGAGACAUGGUGUCAAUAUCCAUGGAUGUCUUUGUGAGGAAGUUUCAACCAGAGAGAUACCAGCUGUGGAAACAGGGCAAAGAUUUAUAUACCAUUGAUCAUACAAAACCAACGCCUGAAUCAACACCUGAAGUGAAGAUCUGGCUACAGAGAAGAAGGAAAAUACAGACCUUUCCCAAGAGCAGCUUCCAGCACACCAGAUCUCGAUCUAAAAAGCUUAAAACUCCAGAGGACAAGAGAGUAUCUGCUAUGGUAGCUGAUGAAAAAAUCAUAGUGACUGAAGCAGCUACUGAUGGCUUCAAGGUCAAUGAAGAACCAGAAAAAAAAAUGAGAGCGGUAAACACAAGAUUGCCUUCUGGGGAAGAAGAAAACAGUAGUAGAAAGCAUCUGGAUCAGCAUUUAUUGGAUCAUGUCGAGGUUUCAGGAAGAAUCCCUUCUGACUCAGUUUUGACCCCUGUUCCUGUACUAGAGAGAACAAAAAUGGAAGAUGAGGACAGGAUAGAUUCCAGUCAUUCUUCCUUUAUGCUUGAAGAUUCUGUGGCUUGCAAGACUGCUUCUGAUAGAUGUAGAAAAGAAGACAGUUUGAAAUCUCAGAAUCAAUAUGCUUCAUCCAUACCAUACCAUAAAGCAGAGGGACAAACUUCUGAAGCAGAAAAUCCAGAUAGAGAGGAAAGUGUCUCGACAGAGGAUGGUAUCAGCAACGUAGAAAGUUCUGGAAGUAGUUUGGAAUGUGGAGAAGUGCCCAUUGUAAAAAAGGGUGAAGAAGACAGAAUGGAAACAUCUUGUUCAGAAGAAGUUGAAACAAAGAAAAUAUCUAAGAGUUGGCGUCAUCCACUACAUAAACCCCCAGCUAGAUCUCCAAUGACUUUGGUUAAACAGCAGGCAACUAGUGAUGAAGAACUGCCUGAAACUCCCUUAAUUGAAGAGCAAGUUCAAGAGUCAGAGGCAUGGGCCAAGCCUUUGGUCUACCUGUGGCAGACAAGACCACCCAAUUUCUAUGCUGAAAAAGAAUACAAUGCAGCUUGUGCAAAAAAGGAACCUCACUGUGCCGUUUGCACUCUUCUCGUGCCAUACAGUAGGCCAGACAAUCAAGAUGAAGAAAGUGCUACUUUCAGUGAAGCAAACUCAGCAGAAACAUUGAUGGCAGAAAAUGUGAAGACUAAACCUCUUAUUCCAGAGAUGUGUUUUAUUUAUAGUGAAGAAAACACGGAAAACUAUCCAUCAAAUGCGUUUGUUGAAGAAGAUGGGACAAGUCUUCUGAUUUCAUGUGCAAAGUGUUGCGUACGAGUUCAUGCAAGUUGCUAUGGUGUUUCUUCUCAUGAAAUCCAUAAUGAGUGGUUGUGUUCUCGAUGCAGAAAAGAAGCCUGGACAGCUGAGUGUUGUCUCUGCAAUUUGAGAGGUGGUGCAUUAAAGCAGACUACUGACAAAAAGUGGGCACAUAUAAUAUGUGCAAUUGCCAUCCCAGAAGUCAGAUUUGGUAAUGUCACAGAGCGUGCUCCGAUAGACACUAGCAGAAUACCCUUGGAAAGAUUAAAAUUGAAAUGUAUCUUCUGCAGGGACAGAGUUAAGAAAAUCUCUGGUGCCUGCAUUCAGUGUUCUUAUGGACGCUGCCCAGCACCGUUCCAUGUUACCUGUGCCCAUGCCGCAGGAGUGCUGAUGGAACCUGAUGACUGGCCAUAUGUUGUCUACAUCACAUGUUUCAGGCACAAGAUCAACCAAAAUGUGAGAGCUAAAGUAUGUCGGAAGGCCAUUACAGUUGGGCAGACAGUCAUCACGAAACACAGAAAUACACGAUACUAUAGUUGCAGAGUCAUAGGAGUGAUGUCUCAGGUUUUCUAUGAAGUCAUGUUUGAUGAUGGCUCCUUCAGUCUGGAUACUUUUCCUGAAGACAUUGUAAGCAGAGAUUGCCUAAGGCUGGGUCCACCUGCAGAGGGAGAGGUUGUCCAAGUGAAAUGGCCUGAUGGAAAACUGUAUGGUGCAAAGUAUCUGGGAACAAAUACAGCUCACAUGUAUCAGGUGGAGUUUGAAGAUGGUUCUCAAAUAGUAAUGAAGAGAGAGGAAAUAUAUACACUGGAUGAAGAGCUUCCUAAGAGAGUAAAAGCGCGUUUAUCUACAGCUUCUGACAUGAGAUUUGAAGACACAUUUUAUGGAGCAGAUAUUAUCUUGGGAGAGAAGAAAAGGCAGAGAGUAUUGAGUUCUCGCUUUAAGAAUGAAUAUGUGGAUGAUCCAGGAUACCGCACCUUCUUAAAAAGCUCAUUCCAGAAAAAAUGCCAGAAAGGACUUUAAAGGAAGCAAGGGAAGAGAAAGGGUUCUUGAUUAAAAUGCAUGCAGCGUUAUUUCCUAUUGAGUUUUUUAAUUGAACGCUCCAUUUUACAGUGAACUAAUCCAUACACCAGCCUUGUAAUCUGAAGUACUUGAGUUCUGAUUUCAUCAGUUAGUGUAUUUAAGAAUUUGUAAUAUUUUGCAUUAUAAAACCAGUGGAAAACCAGGAGAGAUUACUAAAUGACAUGCUGAGGAGAAGUUGCAGUCCUGCUCUCAUUGAAAUAAGUGAUAAAAUUCCCUUUGGAUUCUUUGAUUCACAAUUCUGAGAAGGAGACAUAUUAGUAAACAGAGGUAAUGUCAGUGGCUUACUUUUUUUUGCACAUAGGAAAGGAUGUUAAGUUCAAAAAUAGCAGUUUUUGUAAAACAUUUUUAAAACAAAACCAGAUUUGUACAGUACUGAGACAAAAAAGGCUGUACUUACUUUGUACAGUGCUUUUACAUUUUUAUGUCACUACUUUUUUCACUAGGAUUUGAUGUGGACUCAGCUAUUGACUUAGGUAUUUUUGGCUUUUAAGGGAGGUAUCUUCAGCACAGCAAGGAUAUUUUGUAUAUUUGAAGAGACAGAUUUUGGCAGUUAUUUUUACACAUGUUUUUCAUAAGUCUAUUAAAAAUUGCUACUUGUAAAAUACAAAUUUCGUUCACUGUGUAUGAAAAUUAGAGUUUAAAUAUAUAUGCUUAACAGCCUAGUUUUGAAUGAAUAUAUUAUGGCUUUUAUUUUGAAAUAAUAUUCUAGCAAUGUAAUAAUGUUUUAAAAUAAAUAAAUGCUUUACUACAAUUGCAACAUUUUCCUGUUGAUGUGAUUUUGGACCCUAUUGUUUCACACCUGUAGGAAUCAAGAAUACAUGCUGUAUUUUUCUGAACAUCACAGAAUAUACACACAGGCACUCACAUAGCUUAAUGUUAAAAUGCAGAGUUGAUAAGUACUGUCAUUUUUUGUCUUUCUGUUUCUCUUCAGUCUUUGACUUGACCUUUCUGGAUGUUUCACAGAAAGCAGAAAGUCUAAAUUUGUCUGAACACUUGGGUAUGUGAACCUAGAAGGGAGCGUUAUCAAAAUGACAUCAUCUGUUUCUUGUAAAUUGGACAGUCAGCAGGAUUUCUGACUGUCUGCCACAGGAAAAAGUGCCCUCCAAAAUCCAAUUUAAAUGCAAGCACUGCUGUUUCUGCGGCUCUGUUUGCAAAAAAACCUGAAUAU